AUGGUUAAAGAAUCAAAACUUUACGAUUUAUUGGGGGUGUCUUCAAGUGCCAGUGAUGCUGAGUUGAAGAAGGCAUACAGAAAGCAAGCCUUGAAGUACCAUCCAGACAAGCCAGGAGGAAAUGCCGAGAAGUUCAAGGAGAUCUCCGAGGCUUAUGAGAUUCUGUCUGAUGCGGACAAGAGAGAAGUGUACGAUCAGUACGGUUUAGAAGCUGCUCGUGGAAAUGCCCCAGCUGGAGGCAGUCCAUUUGGCGGAGCUGGCGGAACAUCUGGCGGAGGCUUUGGUGGUGCCGGUGGCCGUACGUUCUCGCAGGCAGAUGCCUUCAAUCUAUUCAACCAAUUUGGUGGAUUCGAGGAGAUGUUCGGUGGUGAUACUGGCGGGUUCAGAAGUUCCAGAGGUGGCUCUCCAUUCGGAUUCUCGUCUAUGGGAGGAGGCGGAAUGCCAGGAGGAUUUGGAGGAAUGGGCGGCGGUGGCAUGCCAGGUGGCUUUGCCAACGCUCAACCUAGAGAAACACCUAUUGUCGACCUGAACGUUCCUGUGCCUCUUGAAUUAUUAUACACAGGAGGAUCCAAGAAGAUGAAGAUCAAGAGAAAGGGAUACUCUGGACAACUGGAAGAGAAGAUAAUAGAUAUCAAUAUCAAACCAGGUUGGAAAACAGGAACCAAAAUUACUUAUCCAAACGAAGGUGAUUACCAAGACGGAACGAGACAGACACUUAGAUUCACCAUUGUCCAAAAACCAAACGAUACUUUCACGAGAGAAGAUAACAACCUAAAAACCACAGUCAAGUUGUCAUUCCAAGAGUCGUUGCUUGGAUUCGAUAGAGACGUGAUGACUCUCGAUGGACGGAGGAUUCCAUUGAGUAAAUCGUCCCCAACACAGCCAGGAUCUUCCACCACAUACCCAGGAUUGGGAAUGCCAAUCUCCAAGUCUCCUGGAAGUCGGGGUGACCUGAUCAUCGAGUUCAAGGUUGACUACCCAACGUACCUGACUCCUGAACAAAAACAAGUGAUCCGUGCCAACUUCUGA